UCAUUUCCCAACGUUUUCCAACACGCCAAAACCUCGUCGCGUCGUGGCGACACCCAACGAACUCUCGACGAAAUCAACGAAACAAAUGCAUCGAUGAAAGCUAUACCUCUCUCCUUGCGCAGCUCGAUCGUUGUCGGCAUCCGAUACGUUAUUCUUUUCUGUCGCUCUCACAUCAGCUUCGCACCAGCUGCGACACCGACCUACAUCGCCCGCUCAAAGUCUCCCAUUUUUAUUCCAUUGUUCCAUUCCUCCUCCCUCUCUUCCUCUUGACGCUCCCUUCCCUCUUCUUUAAAACCCCGGACUACCGUUCGAUGAUCCCAAAGCUUCGAUUUUCUCGCGACCCACCAACCCAAGAGCGCGCCCGAGCCGACCCACUUCGCGUUCCGCAAUGCACGACCAAGGUUUCUGGUUCAGGAGCUUGGUCAAGCCUGAACGCUUGAACCCUUUCGUCCCUGGGGGCUUGUUUCUUGAUGACGCCCUCCCUCCGUGUUUCGUCGCUGUCGUUCCCCGGAAAGGCGAUCCCUUUAAGAAUUUGGCGGUGAGUUCUUGUAGGAGAGCGGAUUGCGGUGGAGUGAACGCGAGAGUGGGGUUUGGGAAUGGCGUGUUUCUGUCUGUGAGCCUGUCGGUGAAGGGGAAUGAUGGGUAUGUGUUGGACUCUGCAAAGCUUCUGGGGAAUAAUAAUAAUGGGGAGAAAGUUGAAGGAAUCGAAGUGGAGGAGAAGGAGAAGGGGAAGGUGAAGGGAUCGGGUGCUUUGAAUACCACGAAGCAUCUCUGGGCUGGAGCUGUUGCUGCAAUGGUCUCAAGAACUGUUGUUGCCCCCCUUGAGAGACUGAAGCUGGAAUAUGUAGUACGUGGUGAACAAAAGAAUCUUUUUGAUCUCAUGAAGACAAUUUCAGCUACCCAAGGUCUGAAAGGUUUUUGGAAAGGAAAUUUUGUCAAUAUACUUCGUACAGCUCCAUUUAAGGCCAUCAACUUCUAUGCCUAUGAUACAUACAGAAAUAAAUUGCUGAAAUGGUCUGGAAAUGAGGAAGCUACGAAUUUUGAGAGGUUUGUCGCUGGAGCCGCAGCUGGGAUUACUGCUACUUUGCUGUGCUUGCCGAUGGACACAAUAAGGACAAAGAUGGUGGCACCAGGAGGGGAGGCCUUGGGUGGUAUAAUUGGCACUUUCAGUCACAUGGUUCAAACCGAAGGAUUCUUCUCUCUCUACAAGGGUCUGGUGCCCGCAAUCGUAGCCAUGGCACCUUCGGGCGCUGUUUUCUAUGGUGUUUAUGAUAUACUGAAAUCUGCUUAUCUGCAUACACCUGAGGGGAGGAAGAGACUCGAAUAUAUGAAGCUGGAGGGCCAGGAAUUGAAUGCCAUGGAACAACUGGAACUUGGUCCCAUUAGGACCUUGCUUUAUGGAGCAAUCGCUGGUGCAUGUUCUGAAGCAGCUACUUACCCAUUUGAAGUAGUGCGGAGACAACUUCAAAUGCAAUUACGGACAACAAGAUUAAGUCCACUUGCAACUUGUGUCAAGAUCGUUGAGCAUGGUGGUGUUCCGGCCCUUUAUACUGGCUUAAUUCCCAGUUUACUGCAGGUUUUGCCUUCAGGUGCUAUAAGUUACUUAGUAUAUGAGUUCAUGAAGAUAGUUCUCGAAGUGGAGUCAACAUAAAGAGCUCAUGAGCUUAUCAUUGAGGACUUACCUGGGAAAGUGUUGAGGAUGACAUUUAGACCUGUACCAUUGAAAGGUGGUUUCUGACGUUUCAGAAAGGAAACUGUUUCUUCUUUUGCACUGUUAAAAUUCGUCGAAAUUUCUAUGAUCGUCCUCGAUGUCUUCUGUUUUCGAGUGGUAAGAUGCUCGCAAUGAACUUGAAGCUAAGAGAGGAAAAUGUUUAUAUCA